CCGUUGCUUUAAUUUGCCUUCCACGUCAUGUUUUGCCCGUUUUAUUUGAUAUUGGCUGCCCUCCCCAUCCAAGCAGCCAGCUCGAAGGAUUUGAAGAAUCUGAUUGGCCUAGAGAAUGAGCUAUUGCAAAAUUUUCGGGGUUAUGCCAAAGAGUUGGAAGAGAAAAUUAAUAACAUCGAUGCAGCUUUGCUGGACUAUAAAAAGGACAUGGUGGAAGCUACAAGUGAUCCCGAAUUGUUUUUAUCGAAUCCAUUGAAUGCCUUUCGACUAAUGCGUCAUAUGCAUCAAGAUUGGACCAAUUGGCAGAUAUAUAUGAAACAACGAGUGGGCACCGAGCAAGUGAGGAACAUACAAAGACUACUUCCAAAGGCUCCUCCACGCAAGGCCUUUCAAAAGGCGGUGAGAAACCUACAAAACUUAACAAAGUUUUACGAUUAUGAGCCAAGUUUCUUGGUCAACCAGAAAGAAUUUCACAGUGAAUUGUAUCUUUCUCCCUUGGACUGCUAUCACAUUGGAAUUGAAUUGUACCAGCAACAUAAAUACUUUGAGGCAGCCAAAUGGUUAACGGCUGCAGCGGAUAACUAUACGUCAUCGGAAUACAGUGAUCUGUACAGUACGAUAGGAGUUCCCCGUUGGAAGGUUUACCAAAUGCAGUCAAAAGUAUUUCAGAACUUAUAUUGGCAUGAGAAGGCAUUAAAAGCAUUAAAUUCAGCUAUUGAUUUGGAUCGAUACAACGUGGAUUUGCUGCAGCAACGAAGAGAACUGGAACUACUUGGACUCUACGAUCCACAGGAGCCUUUGCCACUGCCUGAGACAAAGACCACCCCAUUUCAGUGGCAAUGUCAACAAAAUUUUCCUCUCAGCAGUGACCUAUCCUGUCAAUACACAACUAUGGUAUCUCCCUUUCUGGAAUUAGCUCCCCUGAAGCUUGAAGAGGUUUAUGAUGAACCCUAUACAAUGCUGUAUCACGAUGUCAUCUCCUUCCACGAGGUUCAUCACAUCAAAGCUGCCUUCGACAAGUGUCCCUCUUAUGCUAAAUUUAAAAUGAGUAAUGGCCUCCUUAAAGGAUGUUCCAUUUCCGAUCGUUUUAGUAUCGUGACUAAACGCAUUAACGAGCUUACCAAGGAUAUGACAGGGCUAACUAAAGAUAUGAAGAAUUUACACGUUUUGAAAUAUGAUCAGCUCUAUGAUGCGGUCAGGCUUUUUGAGUUAUUCAAGACAUCUCCAAAGUUUGACAACGUCGAUUUUGAAGAUAUUGAGGCCACUGUGAUUAUUUUCCUCAAUGAUGUCAAAGUGGGCGGAGCUCUUACCAUACCAAAUCAAUAUAUAACGAUCUAUCCUCAUUUAAGAGAUGCUUUGGUAAUCUUUAAUGAGGGAGAUUUUGAGCACAUUAUCUGUCCCAAUGUGGUCGGCUCUGGACUAGUUAUUGUAAAGUUUUUCCACAUUGAGGAAGACGAGUUAGCCGAUGAGAUACGCCAACCAUUGAUUGAAGCCGAGGGCAGAGAGGAGGAGUAUCUUGGCAAUCCUUUGAAUAGUUUCCCACUUCUACGUCAUCUUUACUCAGAUUGGGACCUUCUGGAGGAGUUCAUUGCAAAUCAAGUUGGUCAAGAACAAAUUGAUUUUCUGAAAGAGAAGUUAUCAGAAUUACCACUACCCAAGGAUCUGUCAGCUGCUACAGAAGCUAUUUACCGCAUUGAACUUGCUUAUGGUGUAAAGCCUUUCGAUUUGGCCAAGGGUCUAAUAGAUGGGGUUCAGUAUGAUGCGAAGCUCUCAUCAUUAGACUGUUAUGUCAUGGCCACGCAUCAUUUUCGCCUGGGAGAUUACGCAAAGGCCAGCCAAUGGCUGACUGUGGCUUUGUCCUUGAUGAAUCCCUCCGAUAUGAAGAUAAACAGUGUAUUUAAAUACCAACGAACUGAUGUUGGUUUAAUGCUUGCCCGAUGCUUUCUAGAAAUGGGUAGUGAAAGAGAAGCUCGCUACGUUUUAAGCAAAGAGGUUAAUAUGACCACUGAAGAAAUAGAUGUUAAGAUAAAGCAACUCCAACUGGUAGGUGACGAUAGUUAUCAACAUCAAAAAUAUGUCCCAGACCAUUUAUUACCAGAAGGAUUCAAUGCGAUAUGUCAAUCUUCACACAAACCAAAACCCACCAAACAUCUAUAUUGCCGUUAUAACACAACAACAACUCCAUUUUUACGCCUGGCUCCUUUCCGUAUGGAAGAAUUAUCCCUAAAUCCCUACAUGGUGGCAUAUCACAACGUUCUGUCCGAUGAGGAGAUUAGACAAUUAAAUCGGAUGAGUGCUCCUUUGCUUAAGAAGGCAUUCCCCGUAUCUGCUGUGGAUAUCGAUUACGAUGUCCGAACUGUCGAUACUGCUUGGUUCCCGAAUUCUGAGACUCCGCACACCAAAGAAAACGAUCGACUUAUCAAACGCAUUGUUAACAUUGUGUCUGAUUUGACAGGACUCAAUGCGGAUGUGGCUGAUAGCUUUCAGGCGGUCAGAUAUGGCUUUGGCGGACACUACUCACCGCAUCAUGAUUAUUUUAAUGAGUCAAUACAUCAAACAGCAGUUAAUGGUGAUCGCCUUGCCACGGUAUUGUUCUAUCUCAACACUGUUAAGCAUGGCGGAGCCACUGUAUUUCCUUUACUCAAUUUAAAAGUUCCAGCUGAAAAGGGCAAGGUACUCUUUUGGUACAAUCUCGAUGGAGAGUCACUUGAUUUCGAUGAAAACACUGAGCAUGGAGUGUGUCCGGUUGUAGAUGGCAUAAAACUGGUUUUUCACACUGUAAUUAGUUUAAAAUAUUCCAUGUUUGUUGGAAACUUUCAUCAGUUAAGAUUGGUUUCUCCAACGACGAUGUUGCAAUUCAGAACGUUUCUAAUAAUCCUAAUUAUCAUUAAAAUAACUUUAAGUCAAUUGGAAAUAAACUAUUUGAGUAUGACAACCCACAAACAGAAACUGCUGGAAGUUGAUUUAGAACUAAUUGAAAAUCUCGAACGAUUUGUAAAUAAAUUACAGGAGAAAAUCGAUACGCUACAAAGGUUAGCCGAUGAGAUACGCCAACCACUGAUUGAAGCCGAGGGCAGACAGGAGGAGUAUCUUGGCAAUCCUUUGAAUAGCUUCACACUUCUACGUCAUCUUUACUCAGAUUGGGACCUUCUGGAGGAGUUCAUUGCAAAUCAAGUUGGUCAAGAACAAAUUGAUUUUCUGAAAGAGAAGUUAUCAGAAUUACCACUACCCAAGGAUCUAUCAGCUGCUACAGAAGCUAUUUACCGCAUUGAACUUGCUUAUGGUGUAAAGCCUUCCGAUUUGGCCAAGGGUCUAAUAGAUGGCGUUCAGUAUGAUGCGAAGCUCUCAUCAUUAGACUGUUAUGUCAUGGCCACGCAUCAUUUUCGCCUGGGAGAUCACGCAAAAGCCAGCCAAUGGCUGACUGUGGCUUUGUCCUUGAUGAAUCCCUCCGAUAUGAAGAUAAACAGUGUAUUUAAAUACCAACGAACUGAUGUUGGUUUAAUGCUUGCCCGAUGCUUUCUAGAAAUGGGUAGUGAAAGAGAAGCUCGCUACGUUUUAAGCAAAGAGGUUAAUAUGACCACUGAAGAAAUAGAUGUUAAGAUUAAGCAACUCCAACUGGUAGGUGACGAAGGUUAUCAGCAACAAACAUUUGGUCCAGAGAUUUUAUUACCAAAAGAAUUCAACGCGAUAUGUCAAUCUUCACAUAAACCAAAACAUACGAAACUUCAUUGUCGAUAUAAUACAACAACGACACCAUUUUUACGCUUGGCUCCUUUCCGUAUGGAAGAGUUAUCCCUAGAUCCUUACAUAGUGGCAUAUUACAAUGUUCUGUCCGAUCAAGAGAUUACACAAUUGGAUCGCCUGACUGCGACUUUGCUUAAGAAGACAUUCGCCAUAGGCCCUGACGAUGAUUACGACGACAAUGCCCGAACUGCCGAUGGUGCCUGGUUCCCAAACAAUGAGACUCCGCGCACCGAAGAAAACAUUCAACUUAUUGAACGCAUCAUUAACCUUGUGUCUGAUCUGACAGGUCUUCAAGGAGAUAAGGCUGAUAGCUUUCAGGCGGUCAGAUAUGGCUUUGGUGGACACUACACGCCACAUUUUGAUUAUUUGAAUAUGUCUAUAGAUCAAACAGCAUUCUAUGGUGAUCGCCUUGCCACGGUUUUCUUCUACCUGAACACUGUAAAGCAUGGCGGAGCCACUGUAUUUCCUUCGCUCAACUUAAAAGUUCCAGCUGAAAAGGGCAAGGUUCUUUUUUGGUACAAUCUCGAUGGAGAGUCAUUUGAUUUCGAUGAGAAUACUGAGCAUGGAGGAUGUCCGGUGGUAGAUGGCAUCAAACUGGGUCUGGUAUCUUGGAUAAACGAGUACGAUCAAAUGUUUAUCAAGCCCAAUUAUCGUCCAAGAAAUCAAACUUACUAAAAAAUGCCCAUAUUUUAGAAUAGUUACUAGGAAGUUUUUAAAAACAAAACUAACAUAUUGUAAUGUUGCUUUUAUUUUACCCUGUAGGAUAUUUAUAAGCUUUUUUUUAUAUUCUUGGCAUUCUUAGUAAAAUUUUGGGAAAUAUAUCCAUAAACAACAUUGAUAUAUGAUAGUUAUCUGGCAUGUUGGCAACUAUAUCGGACGAAAUAAUGACAAUUUAUAAGAUUUUAUAAAGUUUAAGUAAGUGAUUAUGAUAUUUCAGCUUCAUAUCGAUAUUCUAUUAUGCCACAUACAUAACAACAAUUUAGUAAAUGAUUAAUCUGAGGGGUACAAAUCUUACAUCAAGUUUAGGUCAUUUCCUAAGCACAUAAUUACGUAUAUCGAUAUUAUAGUAACUUUUUGAAUAAAAAUUCAUUGCAGUGCAAAUGUAGUUACAAUCUAGUUGUAGAUUGUCACAAUUAAAAUAUUAAAGAUUUGCAUUGUUAAAUAAAUA